AUGAAUUUCAACUUGGUCCCCUCUGAAAUCAACCGUAAAUUGGAGUAAGUUUUUCAUCAAUUCAACAUGAAAGCACUGAAAAAUACGCAUAGGCCUCAACUCGAAGAAGUAAUGGCCGGAAUACGUGGCGGUAAAGAUCCUGAACCUCUAAUUAGAGAUUUUGUAUCGAAAGUUCACAAAGAAUGGAUUGGGAAAGCUGAGGAGUAUGCGAGAAAAGUGGAGGAGCAGAGGAGAUUGGACAAAAAUGAGUUUGAAGAGGAAAAGAGGCAAUUGGAAAAAGGUACGUACAACAUAAAAAUCCGCUUUCUUUUAAAUUCAACGUUUGCAAAUUCAGAGUUCAGAUCGGAACAUCAAACCCAGCAUCAAAUUCUAGCUGCCUUUGCCCUGCAUUUACUGAAAAUUCGGGAACUUCAGAGAGACCAUGAGAAAUUCCGGAACGUGAAGGGAGAGGUACUGUCUUAAAAAAUUCAACUGUUGAAAGUUUGAUUUUUUUACCUCCAGGCUUUGAUCACAGCAAUCGGAGACUAUUGCUCAGGUCUGGACAACCUGCUGGUUAGACAUGAAGACGUCAAGUUGGAAGACAACGAACAAAAUUCAGAGGCGCUUAAAAAGCUAAGAGAAAAGGUACCAACCACUUUUGUUGUUUUUUUACAAUCUACUAUCUCAGUGCGUUGAUGUGGCGAACGCACAAAACAAGGAGAUCCAGGGAGUUCUGAAUUGUCAGCGCAACAACCUCCCAAUUCCCUCAAUUUGCUCGAACAGGUCUGAAAUUGAAUUAGGAAUUCAGAGGAUCAUGCAGAUUUUGUUCGAUUUGCAAUCGAUUGUCAUUUAUUUGACACCGGUAAACGCAAAAGUCUCCGAAAAAUACUCUUAACAUGAUUUCAGGAACACUGGGAGCCGGUAGAUGUUGAUAAAAUCACGACGUUGAAAUGUGAGUUGGAAGAGAAGACUGGAAACUUGUUGCAAGUGUUGGGAACGGCUGAAGCGGAGCAUAAGCAGGAAAUGCAGAGAAAAUUAUCUUUCCGACCUGAUCCAAGAGCUUUGAGAGCCUAA